CACUCUGGCCACGUGGAGCAGGUCAGCGUGUUGUGGUCUCUGAGAGGUGACCUCAGUAUUAAAGCUGGGAUUAGUGCAGAUUAGGAGAGAAUCUCACCUGUCCAUCUGUCCACCUGUGCUCGGUCCAUCUGUCUGUCUGUCUGUGCACUUGGUGUGAGAGAAUACUGUGCCCGGGUCAGAGGAAAUGCACCCCCCCCACACCCCCUGCAGUGAACCCAUGCUAAAGAUACCUACUCAUGCCUGCCCACCUCAUUCUGCAAGCUCUCUGUCUCGCUCUCUCUCUCUCUUCACUCCUCUCUCUCUUACCCUCCCUCUCUCUCAGUCCCUCUCAGCUGAUAAGGCUUAUUGUGGACAAACAAGCUUAGAAUCAUCGCCAUGGCAACCACGAAUCUUAAUGAGGCAACAAGGUCUUCAUCGGGCUGUGGGCUGGGGUGGUACCUGCAGAUGGGCGAGCGAGGGGGGGGAGGGAGAGCGAUAGAGAUAGAGAUGAAGAGAGAGAGACAGAGAGGAGAGAUAGAGAGAGACAGAGAGGGAGAGGAGAGAGAGAAAGAGAGAGAGAGUUUGUGCUAUAAGACUGACGGGCAGUACCUGUGGGUCUGUGGCUUACACAAGCUCAGAGCGAUUUGGGAGAAGCUCCCAGUGCCCCGUGUCUCUGCUCUGCUGCAGCCGCGUUUGGGACCCCCACGGACCCCCACCCUAACCCUCUUGCCCCACGCUGAGGCAGGACCCCCGAAAACACAGGAGGACGAGCAGAGGCAGAGAGGAGGAGAGGCGGAGCAGAGGGAGAGGCGGAGCAGAGGGAGGGGCGGAGCAGGAGGCGGAGCAGAGGGAGGGGCAGAGCAGGAGGCGGAGCAGAGGGAGGGGCGGAGCAGGAGGCGGAGCAGAGGGAGGGGCGGAGCAGGAGGCGGAGCAGGAGGCGGAGCAGAGGGAGGGGCGGAGCAGAGGGAGGGGCGGAGCAUGGCGUCCUGGUUCGGCUGGGGCGAGCCGUUCCAGCGCAGCCCCCAGCGCAGCGCGGCGGAGGUGGUGACGGACACGCUGAUGGUGGAGCUGGGCUGGCAGCUGAAGGAGGCGGAGCGGAGCCAGAGGGAGCGGGACAGCGAGUUCCGCCGCCUGCAGACCGGCGUGGACUACAGCUGGCUGGCCAGCCUGCCCCGCUGCACCUACGAGCUCAGCGUGGGGGACAGGCUCGCCCUGGAGGAGCUCUGCGCCAAGAUACACCCGUCAUACUGCGGCACCGCCAUCCUCAGGUUCCGGCAGGUGGUGCUGGAGAACGAGCCGGAGGUGGCGGAGGUGGCGGGGCUGUUCCGCUCGGUGCUGGGGGAGGUGCUGGAGCGGAUGAAGGAGGAGGAGGAGGCCAAGCGGCUGUCCCGCCAGUGGAGCAGCCGGCGCUCUGUGAGCACCUCCCUCAUGACCUUCCGGUCCCGCGUGCGCAUCAACCCCUUCGCGACGGACGGGGAGGUGAAGACCGUGUCCGAGGACGUGGAGCGGGGCCUGAGCAGGGCCGAGAGGGCCAAGCGAGUGUGGAGCAUGCCCGAAUUCCGCACCAGCAAGGCUCUCUGAGCGCCAGAAUUCUGAGGGAUGGAGGCAAUGUUCCGGAAUGUCAGGGAUGGAGGGAAUGUUCCGGAAUGUCAGGGAUGGAGGGAAUGUUCCGGAAUGUCAGGGAUGGAGGGAAUGUUCUGAAGCAUUGAGGGUAGAGGGGAACAUCAGUUCAAGAGGCUGCAGAGAGAGAGAGAGAGAGAGAGAGAGAGAGACAUGGGCAGGGGGGCUCCUCUUACAGUUUCUCUGAGGGUCUCUCUCUCUCUCUGUUUAAUGUACAGGUCUGUAUAAGCCUUUAACUUUGUACUUUUUACUUUUUUGAUGAACUACAAACUAUGCUGGGUAUUUAACUGACGUUUUGAGAAUUAUGGGUCAAAAAGUCAGUAACAGUAAACUCCUGCAAUAAGCAAUUAUCUGAUGCCUUCAUCUAAAUAUUAAUAUCAAUUUCUAAACCAGACUGACAACCUGGGGAAGUGGCAACUUUUACACAAGUUCAGGACAUUCAUAUGUGCGUAUAUUUUUAAUAUUGCCUCUAUAUUUGUGUUCUUGGUGCAAGCUAGGACUAUUGGAAUGUGAUAUAGGAUGUGACUGAUUUUUAGACACUAUAAAACAAGAAUUAAUAUAUUUCUUUAAUUCCAAAUUUCUGAUGUGCCCCAUCUUAGGACAGAACUAAUUCACCUCAUACUGGGACAGCCUACAGCCUAUUACCUGUUAAUUGCAUUUCAAAAUGGCUUAUUCUGAAAAUUUGCCAACUAUUGAAUUAAAUUAAUUUGUUUUAAUGAUUUGA